CCGCCGCCGUGAGAGCACAGAUUAUUGAUACGCGUUUUAACGGAUAACAUAGACACGCGUAUUGAGGGAAACGUUAUCAUGGGGGCGUCACUUAAUAACGCGUUUUUUCUUACCAAAAGGUGAACUGUCAUUUACUGUUUAAUCUUCUGUUUCAGUGUCUUUGGCAUGGCUGUAAAAAAUGUUUUCCGUGUGAAAGAAGCGGAACGAAAACAUCAUUAACGAAACAAUCGAUGGAAGAACUGUAUGUGGUGACCAAAAAAAGGGAGAAGACCAUACGAGAACUUGGCUAUAGAUAUCGCAGGAUAUGGGAGCACGAUUUCGCUAGUCAAUUGAAAUCAAACGAGGGACUGAAACUAUUUGCGGGUAAUCUGGAUAUCGAAGAACGUCUUGAUCCUCGUCUUGCCUUUUUUGGCGGGCGAACAGACACGACAAAACUGUACCACAAAGUUGAAAAUGAAGACAAAAUUAAAUACGUAGAUUUCACAUCUUUAUACCCAUGGACAAACAAAUACUGUCGCUAUCCAUUGCAUCACCCAGAGAUCAUUACUAAAGAUUUUGAAGAGUUGGGUUCAUAUUUUGGAUUAUGCAAGGUGAAAAUUUUACCACCCAGACACCUUUAUCACGCCGUUUUACCUUACCGAUGUCACGGAAAGCUCACUUUCCCACUAUGUAGAACAUGUGCUGAUACACAAUAUCAAGGUAAAUGCACGCAUACUGAACAGGAACGAAGUAUUACAGGUACUUAUGCUACACCUGAAGUAAUGGUAGCGAAAGAAAAAGGGUACCGAGUGUUAAAACUGUACGAAGUGUGGCAUUUUCCGGAUGAUACACAGUACGAUAAAAACACUAAUUCCGGAGGAUUGUUCACAGACUACGUCCAGCUGUUCCUUAAAAUAAAACAGGAAGCCAGUGGUUUCCCCCCACACUGUCAGACAGAGGAAGACAAACGAGAAUACAUUCGAUUGUAUAAAGAAAAAGAAGGCAUAGACUUAGAUUACGACAGCAUCAAGGUAAAUCCAGGUUUACGUAGUCUUGCCAAACUGUGUCUCAACAGUUUCUGGGGGAAAUUUGGACAACGCCUGUUCAUGAAAAAACACCAAUUUUUUCACGAAGCAGAAGCUGACAAAUUCUUUCAGAUCAUAUCAGACCCUACUAAAGUAGUCGAAAAUUUCCACAUUGUUUCAAACGACACAAUACAACUAGAAUGGACACAAAACUCUAAGUUCCCUCCUGUGGAUGCAAAGACCAACAUCUUCAUCGCUAUUUUCACAACGAUGUGGGCUAGAUUAAAACUGUAUGAAGUUUUAGACAUGUUGGAUGAUAGGGUGCUUUACACAGACACUGAUAGCUGUAUCUACGUAAGCCAGAAGGGAAAACCUUAACCGUCGUUAGGAAAUUAUUUGGGGGAACUCACUUCCGAAAUACCGGCAGACGAGGGGCAUAUAGUAGAAUUUGUGUCCGGUGGACCGAAAAAUUAUGCGUAUCGGACACUCAAGACUGAAACGUGUAAAGUCAAAGGUUUUACACUUAAUUUUACAAAUUCUAACAUUGUUAACUUUAAUGCUGUCAGGGAGAUGAUCAUAUUGGACAGGGACAUGUGCAAAACGUUAACUAAUCCAACUAAAAUAAGUCGACUACCUCACCAGAGAAAAAUAUUCAGCAGAAAAGAAAAGAAGAAGUAUAAAUUCGCGUAUGACAAACGUGUUAUUCUUGACAAUUACGAUACCGUCCCUUAUGGGUAUAUAUAAAAAGAAAGAAAAAGACUAUUACACGAUGAUUUUAUUGAAUAAAAAAUAUCGUAUAUGUUGUAAAAAAUAAAGUUAGUAUUUUAUCCAACGAAUCUGUUCUUUUUUAUGUGAUAUGCCAGGAAUGACGUCUCUCCUUCCCUUCCCCUGUACGAAUAAGCCUCCCGUCUGUGUUAAAGGUUUUUUCCUCCGUUCUGCAAAUAAUCUCUUUGGUACAUUCAGUUUCCUCAAAAUGGCUUGAAACUCCGUACUUCCAAUUGUUUUUUUUCUAUGGAGUGUUGACACGACGUGGUGAAUAAGAUCUACAAUGUGCGAGCCAGUCAUUGUUUUCCCGUUUACUAAUAAUUCGCCUUGUUCAUUAUGAUUCAACAGGUUGUUGUCUUGAGCUAAAACGAAUCUGUAAAGAUCGUUCGCGCGUUUCUUUACUUUUUGGGGUAAAGAACGAUCUAUCAUUGGCAUAAAGUUAGCUAUGGGUUUUUCGUCGUGGUCGUUUUUCAAUCUGUCCUUUUCACCCAAGUCUGUUUGAUGGUGAGUUUCUGGUUGAUUCAUGAGACGUUCGUAUCUUUCCCUAGACACGAGUAUGAGCUCUUGUGCCAUUACUGUUCGUUUAGAAGUGACAAAACCGGUUUAAUCAAAAGGCAAGUCAGAGUAGGAUGUCUCACUAAAAUAUUCCUUUUCCGUGUGUAUGUGAUCGAUCGGGAUGACAAGGAACGAAUGUGAAGGAUGUAAGAUCUAAGCUUUCUUAUAUGAGAGGGGUUCACCGGUAAGCUUCCUCUGUAUAUAUUUAAUGCUAUUUCCGAUAUGAUAUCGAUUUGAUCAUUCGAAGCUGCCUGAAUUAACACUUUCUGUUGUCUAGGGUUAGCAUCAUAUACGAAUUUCAGAAACGUACUGUAUGAGGUGAUCCUUGACGGCAUCUUUCUUGUGAACUGGUGGUGUAGGUGUGCUUGUCUCCGGUUUUAUUUCUUUGGGGCAUAUACAAUGGUGACGUCAUCAGUUGGAAAUAUCGAAGUACGCAAGCGGUACUUUUUAUCCGUAUAAGGGGAUAAGUCGCAUACCAGAUAUCCCCCAACUGAAACAUAACUGAUGGCUUUAUCAUAGGCCUCUUUGAAAUAUUUCGUCUCACCGGGAAAUGCCUGACUUGCAAAGGCGAGAAGUUGUUUUUUAUCUCUGUUAUUGGCCAUAAGUACAAAAAUAUGGGUAUUCAAACUUAUCGAUCUGAAAUGUGUUCCUUUUUCAAACAGAUUUUGGGUUAUGAAAAUUACCGAACAGUUCCUGUGAUGUGAUAGCGCGGUUGACAGGUGUAAAGCCUCGUCACUCUUACUGAUCAAUCUCAUCAUGUCAUCCAGUACAAGGACUGUGUGCUUGUCCGGGUUGGUCCAUUCUAUAAUGUCACUUCUUGUGGGGAAGCCCUCGUACAGUAACAAAUUGGGUAUAGUUUGUUGAGCUUGGUCAAAAAUGGGUUGAAACUCCGUAUAACAGUAAACUAUUUGAACCGGUGGGGUAUUAAACAUGACAGAUGCUUGCCUUAGUAAUUUCAUUACAAAUGUAGUCUUUCCACUUUGAGUCGCUCCCGAUAUCAUGAAAGUGCAAGGACUUUGAAAAGGUAAAAUAUCGCGAGAAGUUGUCAUCUUGACGUCCGGAUAAGGUAUGAGAGCAUUUGACACAGGACAGAUAAUUUAACACGAUGGACGCAUGAUAUAUUUUAUUGACACAAACUAUAAUAAGUGUUGACAAAAUUAAAUACAAAAUGGUCGUUAGCAUAAACGUUUGAAUCGAAAAUAUUGACAAUACUAUUUAAUGAAUAUUUAAAACAUAGAUUCAACAUGAGAAAAGUUAACACAAACAAUCCACAAUGAGAAGACGACUUUGGUUGCACUUGUACAUUAAAACACUCGUAUUGUUUCACGUAACAGUUCAGAAAAUGUUUUAAUUCUUCUCCAUAGAAUUCCGGUGGUUUUCCAAAACUGUCGAAAAACACCCCAUGUGAUUUACUUUCUAACACAAUUGCCAUCCAAUGUUCCCCUGGCAGAUCACUCGUAUGGUUGUUGGCGAUGUAGGCACUGGGGUAAUGUAUUUUUCCUGUUGGUAAAUUGUUCCUUGCAAAUACUCCUUUCACCUGCAUUUGUAUACACGAAUUGGAUCGGAUAGCACAUUCUAGUUCGUUCCCAUUCAUGACUGUAUAUAGCGAACGUUUCGGGAAUGGUCUAUCUCUAGAAAUGAAUCGAAUACUCCAAACGCUAUGCACGUGACAGCAGAGGGUAGUCCCGUCUUGAAUUUUAUUUCAGCUCUCACGUUCCCAUGCUUCACCAAGUUUAUAUAGUCAUCUCCAAGUCCUUUCGGGUCCAAUGGAAAAGCAUACAAGGUGUACCCUUUUCCAUAGUCUUCUCUAGUAAUGGUGAGUCCUGCGUCUCUAUUCAUUUUUUCACAGACCUCAAAUAGAUUAGCGUAUGCCGUUGCAUACUGUCUAUUAUCCCCAAAGUCAAGUUUUAACGGUCUCGCUGGAACGCUCUCUCCGUUAACGUACAGUCCUACAUCAGUUGCAUUGUAAUGGUUGAAACAGAAAGGGUUAGUAUCGUACGUUCCAUUUCCGCUUUCUUGUGAGAUCAACCCUAAGACCAGAGUACUUGGGCGGAUGUUGAACAUAUUGUCCCAAAUAAACUCCCUUGAGUCUUUAUUGAUAGUGUUUCGUUUCACUUCUGUCCUUUGAAAAUAGUAACGGACUGGUUUGGUUUCUAUCUGUUUCAUAUGGUUAACAAUAAUGCCAGGAUCGACUUUAAUUUUGCAUGCCUUAUAAACACAAUCUAACAACUGUAACUUGUAGGCGGGGGCGUCUUCACCCGAAAUGACAAAAAACUGGUCGCUACUACGGUAAAGUUUUAUAUACAAAUCGACGCCUUGUAUUAAAUGGCGAUCCAGUGAAAAUAUGUCUUCAAACAGCGGUCCCUCCAUUUCAAAUUCUCUACUGUUCUUGAUAAAAUCUCGACGAAGAAUCAAUCCAGUGUUAGCUCCGUUUUUUCCAUCCGUAUUCGCUAAAUCACCGGAAUCUUUCAUGAACAAUUGUGACUGAAGUUGUGAUUUCUGUUCAUCGGUCCCACUGGUAAGAAUAGUGUUAAUAUAGGCUUUCCAUGGGUAGUUUGACGUAUUUAAAGACACUAGUUUAUUGUUCAUAUACACAUCCAUUUGUGUCCACAUAGCUUGAAGAGGCAAAUUUACAAUACUCGACGUAUCGGUAUCGUCAAGUGCCGUUCCAUCGGCCUUGACAAGUUUUGCACGAACAUAUAAUCUACUCCGUCUUAAAUCCAUGUAUUCGGGACCUUGUCCAGAAACGAAAAAAUCUACUGUAGAUACAUCUGGCGAAGUAAAGUUUGACAUUGGCCUAGUUUCCGAAAAAAAUAUCCGAUCAAUAGCUACUUGAUUUUUUGGUUCUUCAAACAAAUCCAACUCCAUCGGAAUGCUAAUGUCUUUAUUUUCGUCGUUUAAAUACGCCAUUUCUUUGCUGCUCCUCUAUUAAAAAUGGAAGGUUCAGUUUCGAAAUCUAUUUUCCGAGGUUUAUUCCUUGUAGCCCGUUUUUUCUUGCUCGGUGCACUGUUUUUAGCUUUCUGUUUUUUACCUGUUGCCUCUUUGAGCUUUCCAACUUUACUGUUUUUUGGUUUUGAUUUCCUGCUUUUUAUACCGUCAGAUUUAGCCUUUUUUUCCUGUAGGACGUGAGGGUCUUUGUCGUUCUUCUGUUGUUUCAGUUCUGAAGCAGCACGUUCUUCGAUUGCCACUGUUGGGGCUAUUUGCUCCACCUUGGUUUCAAUUUUAGGUAAGUUUUUCUUCAGAAUGACAUAUCGAUGUCUGCUGUAACGUCUAGGAAAACCCUUUCCUAAUUGAUUAUUGUGUUGUUUUUUUAAAUGUUUGGCUUGAUUUAUGGUAUCUUGCCAUACCAAUGCAUCACUGAUGUAAGGAGAUUUAGACAUCUCUACAGAAAGGAAUACUUCUUUAAGUGAAGUGUUACACAGGCGUCCAAAUUGACAACUGAACACGGUUGUCCCUUGUCGUCUUUUAAAUAGAUGUGAACUUGGUUCAAUUGUCCCAAACGUACAGGAACAUAAUAAGGAGUGUUAAAGAUGAUAUGUGACCUGUAGUGUUUUUUCUUGUUAAUAACAUGUGCCUCCGUUGCGUCUUUACUGAUGUAAAUUUUUCGAAGGAUUGGUUUCUCAGAAGAUCCGACAAAACUCUCUUCACAAAUGUUUGAAUAGACGUAAACAUCGUCUAUAUAUUUUGACGAGCUUUUAUAAGUGAGAUCGAUUUCUGUCAAUGCCACUACCCAGUAUGCUUCAAGAUUUAUUUGCCUAUCCAAUUGUACAGUGAAGUCGUGAGCCAUGUUCUUUUCAAACAAAUCGGAACCAUCGGACGACUUGAGAACCAUACGUAUACUCAUCUUGAACGAAAAUGACGUUGUGUUAAAUGAAGUCGUGUUAUUUAUUUACUUCUGGAUGUCCAAAGCGGGAACCCAUGAGUCGAACUUUUUAGGGUAGCCAAGCCAACGGACCAAUACCUGUUUAACGCCAUUUUUUUGUCGUCUUUUAACAACCUUUUCUAUUUUCCAUAUGGUAUCGCCAUCCUUCCGUACUUUCUGAACUUCACUAUCUUGGAAGGUCCCUUCUAUUUCGUCAUUUUGAAGGUCAACGACCUUAUACAGACUAAGAUUUUGUCGAAAAUACCGACGAGAAAUCUUGAAUAUCUCCUCUGUCCAUUUCUGUAGAUAUCCACGUUGAAAUGGAUGACUUUUGAAUGUAAGUCGGACAAGAUCAUUUAUUUUAUACCUAAAGCUUUUUUUCCUUCUUUUGAUCUCUGUUUUUUUAAUAACUUUCUUUUCCCUUUUCUUAGGAUUUCGGGCAAGAUACGCACUUAAACGAACUUCAUCUGCAUUGCGUUUAGUCACAUCAACCGGUGAGAAACCACCAAGUGUACGAUGCGGUCUUGCGUUAUACCCCUUGACCAUAUCUUGAAGGACAUUUACGUAUUUAUACGUUUGGUUGUGUCUGAAAUACCUGAAUAAAAUCGACUUAACAGUUCGAAUGCUUCUCUCGACAAUUGCACAUUUCGUAUCGUUAAGAGAAUAAUACGUGUUUACCCCCUGGCUCGAAAGAUACUUCCGUACGUAUUGGUUUUUAAAUUCUUUUCCUAAGUCUGAUCGAAUGGAGGUAGGCUUCCUUUUUCCACUCAUAAUUGUUUUCAAGGCAUUUAGUACACUGGUGUGGGUUUUAUCCACAAUUGGUUGUAUCCAUAGAAACUUUGAAAAACAAUCAAUAACAAAUAAUAAGAAUUUGUUUCCCGAGUUGAAGGUUUGGAAUUUAUCUAGUUGGGCUAAGUCCAUUUCCCAGAGACUAUCUAUUGUAUCCACAACAUAUCGACUUUUUUUAAAUUUGUGUACAUUAUUUCGUGAUAGACUAUAGGUGUCCUGGUCUUGUAGCCAUUGCUUUAUUUUGUGCCUUCCUAUUUUAAUUUUUCCUUCUUGUUUCACUAUGUUAUAUAAUUUGUCAGAACCCGUAAAGGCAGCAGCAUGUUUAGGGUCAUGCCAUAUUUUUUGCAAAUAGUCCUCGUAGUUUAACGAACUCAUAUCGAAUAAUGCACUUUAUGUGAACCUGUUAUUUAUAACGAUUUUGUUUUUUUCGUAAUUUCCGGUUGCAGAUUUCCGUUUUUUUUGUGACUGCAGUUGUCUUUUAUACCGAAUGAAACAAAGCUUUCGUAACAGUUUCAAUAAAUACAAAACAUUUGAUCUUUUUUUCCAAAAUUUAUUUAUUAUAAUAUAAAAAAAUACAUAAAUAAUCAUAAUCAAUCAAAUUUAUCAUGUCUUUUGUCUUAGUUCUUCACCAGCUCUUUUCAUAGCACUGUUUAUAUUUGGUUUCAAUCUCUGCCAAUAUUUCCAUUGUUUAGGGUUGAACUGUAUACCGCACUUUUUAAAAUGUUUAACAUCCACCCAGACUUGUUUUCUGAUUGAACAUACAGUGACUUUA